CAAAUCACUCUGUUUCUUCUGCACUCCAAAGCAGCCUCUAAGCUUUGCUUUUUCUGAGAAAGCCAAGACUAAUUGGCUACUUCGCUCUGUACACUUAAAACCCUUAUUUUUCAUCCUACAUUUUCCCUCCAAAAACAAUGGCCGCUUAUUCUUCAAUUUCCCCUGUUUUUGUUUUUCUCUGUUUGUUUUCCCUUUUUUUCAUCUGUAAUGGCUACCCUUUUCACCACAAUAACCCUUACAGAGGAUUUCACCGCCAUUCCCGCUUUGCUGCUCAUAAUUACAGAGACGCUCUUUCUAAAUCUAUCUUGUUUUUUGAGGGUCAAAGGUCUGGUAAACUUCCUCCUAACCAAAGAAUCAAUUGGAGGAGAGAUUCUGGCCUUUCUGAUGGAUCUGAUUUACGUGUGGAUUUAGUAGGAGGAUAUUAUGAUGCAGGAGACAAUGUUAAGUUUGGAUUUCCAAUGGCAUUCACAACCACAAUGCUUUCAUGGAGCGUUAUUGAAUUUGGUGGACUUAUGCAUGAAGAACUUCAACAUGCCAAACAAGCCGUUCGUUGGGCUACUGAUUAUCUUCUCAAAGCUACUGCUCAUCCAGACACCAUUUAUGUUCAGGUAGGAGAUGCACAGAAAGACCAUGCUUGUUGGGAAAGACCAGAAGAUAUGGAUACUCCAAGAAGUGUGUUUAAAGUUGAUAGAAAUAACCCAGGAACUGAAGUUGCUGCUGAAACUGCUGCUGCUCUUGCUGCUGCUUCUAUGGUGUUUAGAAGAAGUGACAAUGCUUAUUCUAGGAUUCUCAUGAAUCGUGCUAUUAGGGUUUUCGAGUUUGCUGAUAAGUACAGAGGGUCAUACAGUGAUGGACUCAAGAGUUAUGUUUGUCCCUUCUAUUGUUCUUACUCUGGUUAUCAGGAUGAGCUAUUGUGGGGAGCAGCUUGGCUACACAGAGCAACCAGAAACCCAAUGUACUUGAAAUACAUAGAAAGAAAUGGGCAAGUGUUAGGUGCUAGUGAGGAAGAUUUUACCUUUGGUUGGGAUAACAAACAUGUUGGUGCUAGAAUUCUUCUCUCUAAGUCUUUUCUUGUUCAAAGAAUGCCAGCACUCCAUGAAUACAAAAGCCAUUCUGAUAAUUUUAUUUGUUCACUCAUUCCUGGUGCCCCUUUCUCUACUGCACAAUACACUCCAGGAGGACUUCUAUUUAGAAUGAGCGAUAGCAACAUGCAGUAUGUGACAUCAACUUCAUUCCUUCUCUUAACAUACGCCAAAUACCUCAAACGUUCUCGUAUGACCGUCUCUUGUGGUGGAACUAUUAUCACGGCCAAAACCCUUCGUACCAUUGCCAAAAAACAGGUUGAUUAUUUAUUGGGUUCAAACCCCAAAAAGAUGUCAUACAUGGUCGGAUACGGGCCUAGAUUCCCACAAAGGAUCCAUCACAGAGGUGCAUCACUACCAUCUAUUGCAAAACACCCUCAAAAGAUCCAAUGUUCUGCUGGCUUUGAUUUCCUCAACACAGAAGCACCCAAUCCAAAUGUACAUGUAGGUGCAAUUGUGGGCGGGCCGGAUCUUCAUGAUAUGUACCCGGAUGAACGGAAUGAUUAUGAGCAAUCUGAACCAACUACUUAUACUAAUGCCCCUCUUGUGGGUGCCCUUGCUUACUUGGCUCACUCAUUUGGCCAACUCUAAAGCCUGCUUAGCUGCCCAUUAUAUUUGGGUUUGUUCUAUUACAAUUGUAAUAGUCCAAUAUAAUCUAUUUAAGUGUAAUUAGCAAUUAGUGGGUUAACUUAAGAUCAGAGGUUUAGAACUGGAACCCCUUAGAAAAUGCCUAAAGAGGGCAAGUAACAAGAGUGGUUCUUUUUUUUUUGUGUUGGGAUAUAAUCCUAAAUCCUAAUAUCGUUAUUGAUCUUGUUAAAGUACUACUUUUGGAGUACUAUAGUUUACUGGUAAUGUUAUUUAGAGUACCCUUUUCCUUGAUUAUCGGGUAAUAUAAUUUGCUGAUUUUGUGCCAUAAAUGGCGUGUUUGUUGUAAAAAUCCAUUGUCAAUGUUUGUAUGGGGCAAUGGACUUAACUUUAUAUGCCCAAAGUUGCAAAUGGGGGAUAUUUUAAAAAUAUUUUAUAUUCUAACUUAUGAUUUAUC